AUGUCUGUUCCAAAAACUCAAAAAGCUGUUAUCUUCGAAACUAACGGUGGUCCAUUGCAAUACAAGGACAUUCCAGUCCCAGUUCCAAAGCCAAAUGAAAUCUUGAUCAACGUUAAGUACUCUGGUGUCUGUCACACUGAUUUGCACGCCUGGAAGGGUGACUGGCCAUUGCCAACUAAGUUGCCAUUAGUUGGUGGUCACGAAGGUGCUGGUGUUGUCGUUGCCUUGGGUGAAAAUGUUAAGGGAUGGAAGAUUGGAGAUUUGGCUGGUAUCAAAUGGUUGAAUGGUUCUUGUUUAUCUUGUGAAUUCUGUCAAGAAACCAAUGAACCAAACUGCCCUAACGCUGACUUGUCUGGUUAUACCCAUGAUGGUUCUUUCCAACAAUAUGCUACUGCUGAUGCUGUUCAAGCUGCCAGAAUCCCAGCUGGUACUGACUUAGCCCACGUUGCUCCAAUCUUGUGUGCUGGUAUUACCGUCUACAAGGCCAUUAAGACUGCCGACAGAAAGCAAGGUGAUUGGAUCUGUGUUUCCGGUGCUGGUGGUGGUUUAGGUUCUCUUGCCAUCCAAUACGCCAAGGCUAUGGGUUACAGAGUCAUUGGUAUCGAUGGUGGUGCUGACAAGGGUGAAUUUGUCAAGUCAUUAGGUGCUGAAGCUUUCAUUGAUUUCACCAAAGAAAAGGAUGUUGUUGCUGCUGUUAUCAAGGCUACUGAUGGUGGUCCACAUGCUUCUAUUAACGUUUCUGUUUCUGAAGCUGCUAUUCAACAAUCCGUUGACUACACUCGUUCUACUGGUACCGUUGUUUUAGUUGGUUUACCAGCUGGUGCCAAGGUUGUUGCCCCAGUCUUUGACUCUGUUGUUAAGAGUUUGAGUAUUAAGGGUUCUUAUGUUGGUAACAGAGCCGACUCCCAACGUGCUAUUGAAUUCUUUAGCCGUGGUGCCAUCAAGUGUCCAAUCAAGGUUGUAGGUUUAUCUGAAUUACCAGAAGUCUACAAGUUGAUGGAAGAAGGUAAGAUUUUGGGUAGAUACGUUGUUGACACCUCUAAGUAGAUUCAAUUCGCUUCUUUUAUGUCUUAUUUAGCUAAGUAGCUUGAUUUUAACGAUGAUUUACAAAAUAUGAACAAAGUUGCAAAAAAAAAAAAG